AUGUAUCACGACCAGGACCAGAACAGCGAUGCGCUGCCCUCCAGCGCCGGCGGGUUUCUGCUCACGCGGCUGCUCCCCCGCAAGUCGGAGGAGACGUGCGUCGAUACCGAAAGCAAAAACACGUGCGAAAAGUCUCAACUGUCUGGAGGGAAAGUGAUGAUUGCGAUUAUCAUAGUUAGCAUCAUAUGUGGCAUCGGCUUCCUCUGCUUCCUGUUCUACUUGCAUCGGAGACGCACCAAGAUGGAACAACUGGAAGACCUCAAGGACGUCCAGGAGCUAGAUGACUACGGCAUUACAUCGGCGCCACCUUCAUCAAAGACAAAGCCCUCACAGAUGCCUCAAGCGCCUGCUCCCACGCAUGCUCCAACGCCAAUGAAGCACCAGGCGUCAGAUACCCGAGCAGGCCCUCCGCCGCCAAGUUACAGGGAGUCCACAGAUUCGUUGUCGCCAUCAAUACGCCAAGCCACAGCGACUGUUCCUCGAGAUGGCCUUUCGAACUACUAA